CUGGACGGACCUCCGAUUCUGCUUGUUCAGAUGCUGCUCACUCGCUGCCUGCGCUUAGCACGGGAAGACUCAAUAGAGACCGAUGAAUUGCAUUCUAGGUUCGAACUUCCUUGCUUCCAGCCACUUGGUUCACGAUCCAGGAAAGCAAGAAUCGAACCCCCUAUAGGUGAUGGCUUUGGAUCUCGACCUGGACAGGCGCAGGAGCAAUUCCCUUAUUUUAUUAUCACAGACCACCUGUUCCGAAGCGAUCUUCCUUUAACUACCACCUGGUCAAGAAGAAUCAUCAGGAUUACCCAGCAAUCAAGAAUGUCCACGGCAUUCCAAGAAUUCUUGUUAUACGCGCGUUCCAGCCCUCAACCCUCUUUUCGAGAACGAGCGAAGGAACGCGGAAGCAGGGUCGACAAAGUUGAGUCGACCAUAGGGAGAGGAAAGAAGGAGACGCCUCUUCGAUCUAAUAGUCAGAAACCUUGGACCAAUAGGCUUUCCCCAUCUCUGUUUAGGAUUGGGGCCAACCUCACCCAGCAGGUGCAGCAGGUUGAGGACACAUAUGAGCUGCUGGCACUGGCUCUUGGGGAGGCAGCGACAGCCGACCUGUUCAGGGGGUCGGUGUUCUUUGUGUCGAUCGGGAGCAACGACUUCAUCCACUAUUACCUGCGCAAUGUGUCGGGCGUCCAGAUGCGUUACCUCCCAUGGGAGUUCAAUCAGCUCCUUGUCAAUGCAGUGAGGCACUACAGGCUUUUCUUUGUCUUUGUUUGGUUUUAUUUGUUAUGUUUGCGUCUGUUUUAUUCAGCGCUUUCUUGGCAGAGUUUUAGGCGGCAAGAGACUGACGGGCUUGUUGGAGCUGCUAAGCAUAACGAAUCGAAGCCGAAGACGAAUCAAGGUUUUUAUUCCAAGCCGAUAGGCGAAGGGCCGAAGGAUGGAGCGUGCAAAGUCGAUCGUGCACCUGUCGUGUGA